AUGGCUUCAUACCUGGAGACAAUUCCCCUUGACAUUUUACAACACAUUGCCGUUCUCUCGGGAUCGUCGUCUGCGUUAGAGCCUCCCGGAAAUUUAUACCGACUCUUGCAAACGUCCUCCACCAUCUACCAAUCGUUGAAUGCCCAUUUGUCCCCCCACAUCUACUCCCGAUUAUUUUCUUCUAAAUUCGACACCAGGGCGCAUUGUCGAAGGUAUAGAGGUCGACUCCCGGACUCGGCAUUCGCUGCCGAACUGUUAUGCCGUUCGAAGCUGCUUAGACGCUCUCACCGUGCGGAAUUGUCCACCGAUGGACUGAUUCAGGACUUGUGGACGGCAUUAUGGAUGUUCUUGGAGAACGACAGUCUCAACGAGCAACAACUUCUUGCCGCUGGCUUUCCCCAUUUUCUCUUGUCUUUGGCCCGUAUGAAGCUCUCCGAUACAGACACAGACGGUCGGACCGACAACUACACAAUUAAGAUGCUCAUCAUCUGGUUACUUAGUUUAACCCUCUCCAGGCAAAUUAUCAUGGACAUGUCUAAAGCUCACCGAGACGAGCUUUAUGGCCUAAUCUACCCUUACAUAUUUAUGGAUAAGCAGGAAAUACCCCCGAAACUUCGGACUUCAGGAGAUUCUGGCCACACUAUGCCAGUGUACGUCUAUCUGUGUAGACAGAUGCCCCUGGUCCCAGAACCUGCGAUCGCGGCCAUACAUCUGACGCUUGUAUUACUUGAGAGUAACACCCUUCAGAUACCACCACACCUCCCAGAGACUCGGGCAAUUGCAAUUGCAACGUUGAGGUCAGGACCGACGAUAGAGGACUACAGAUUUAUGGCGUCUUAUGAGACUACGCUCUCUAAAGCGACUCACCGUUCACCAGAUCCAGCGUGUGCUGCUUUACCCAUUUCGACAGAGCCAGAUCCGAGCACGAAUAACGACAUGUUCUUUGGUGCCAUUUUGCGGUCUUUAGGCGAGGCACAGAGCACAGAGACAUUUGCUUACACCCCGGGAACAAUGUCGGGCCUAUGGGAAGGGGUAUUCAGAAUUUUGAACAUGCCAAUCACAAACAUCGAUUCUUCUGCAGACCACGACUCUCUGUUUUCUUCUGGCCUUAUCUUCCCCAUGCAAUGUGCCAUGGUGGAGUUCGUAUGCUCGGAUUUUGGAAUCCAAUCCAAUCCGUUAGACCCUGAUAUUCUGGUCGACUCCGACAUUUGUCCCCCGCAUUUGAUCAGCACGAAUGACACCGAGCUCGCGUUCAACGGUCGCAGAUAUAAAAAGCACACUAUCCACUCAGGCACAGCGCCGGCCAACGACGACAUCGAAACCAAAAUCCCUGCCCAGGAGGCGCGAUCGUGCUCUGACGUGAUGCUGCUGGGCCAGACGCUAGACGACUACGAUCAAGCCUGGGGAGGCUACAAGUUCUCUGGAAGAGUUACAAACAACGGGCGGGUCCUUCUCAAACGGGAACAGAAAUACACGGAUGGCCAACAGCGCGGUGUUUGGAUAUUCGAGGGAUAUUUACGAUCCGACUCGCUUCUCCUUGGACGCUGGAGAGUUUCGGGAAAUCCCAGUGCCGUCGACAAAGGUGUUUUUAGCAUGGGAAAGGCUCGCGGGAGAUAG